AUGACAAGUUAUGGCGGGUAUCGGGCGCCGGGCGCAAGGAGGGAGAAGGUCAAGGGCUAUCUGAGGGCGGCCAACGAGCUGAGACAGACCUACCAGGCGCAGAUCCAGCAGAGACUGCAAGACAGCGUCAACGAGGCGGGGACGUCGAGAGAUUGGCCGGAUGUCGAGAUUGUGCGAAGUGAGAAUGAGGAGAUGCUCCUUUUUCCCAGCUAUGCGAGGCCACAUACGAAGCGGAACAGCCGGCACGAUGACUCCGCGAGAUAUCCUCCUGGGACACACGAGUCUCUGGAAACGCCGCAUAGCAGCGGAGACGCGGACUAUUGGAAACGAGAGUGGGAAAAAUACGAAGACACAAACGCCAUCGUCGAUGUUGAUGUUCGGGGAUGGAUCUACUCCCCUCAACAAGGGCCGUUGAAUAGGAAGAAUCGGCUUCUUGUGGCGGUCGCGAGGAGACUCAGCGGCAUCUACGCUCCCACACCCAGUCCCGCGACUUCGCGCCCGUCAAGCCAAGCUCCUAGCAAUCGGAUACCACAGGAUGACAGUUCAUCCAUCUAUGAGGACGAAGUUGCCGCAAGAGAAGCCGAGAAUAUCACCCGUCGCGGUCAGAGAGAAGCGGAUGCGGCGGUCAAAGGGACCUACAGUUUGACUCCGUCAGGCGGCGAAACCCCUCGCGGCAGUCGAUCGAACUCGCCAACACGAUCAAUGACAACAGCGACAGAUUUUGAGGACGAAGAUCCGGCUCAGCGGUCGACGGUAAAGCGUCAGUCGUGGAAUGAACCGGCAAAUAUGAGCAGAGACGAGUUGUCGGCGGCGAAUGAAUUGCUUUUGACACGGCUCAAGCCUUUCAUGUCAAUGCCAACUGCACAUGUGCCGGUUACGGUCUUCUUCUUCAACCAGUCAAAGUCGACUUCGAAGUCGGUGACUACAGAUGAGUCAGGUCACUUCAACUUGCGAGCUGCCUUGGACUUUGUGCCUGACCAAGUCCGAGUCCUGGCUUCGGAUAAGCUGUCGGCGGUGGAGGAUGUCAUCGUGACCGAGAGCAAGGGUGUGAGCCUGGUCAGCGACAUUGACGAUACGAUCAAGCAUUCCGGGAUCAGCAGCGGUGCGCGAGAGAUUUUCAAAAACGCCUUCAUUCGAGAACUGGGCGACUUGACCAUCAAAGGCGUCAAGGAAUGGUACUCGAAACUGGCUCUCAUGGGUGUUCAGCUCCACUACGUCUCGAAUUCUCCCUGGCAGAUGUAUCCGUUGCUACGCAGUUAUUUCUCCCUAGCAGGACUGCCGCCGGGCUCGUUCCACCUCAAGCAGUAUUCCGGAAUGUUGCAGGGGAUAUUCGAACCUGCUGCGGAACGGAAGCGCGGCUCCCUCGAUCGAAUCAUGAAUGACUUUCCUGAGCGCAAAUUUAUCCUGGUCGGGGACAGUGGAGAGGCAGAUCUGGAAGUCUACACUGAUGUCGUCCUUGAACAUCCAGGACGGGUGUUGGGAGUGUUCAUCAGAGAUGUGACGACACCAGUCAAGAAGGGUUUCUUUGAUCAAGCCAUAUCGAACACGCCGCCGGAUUCCAUGGUUUCACGAGAUGGCGGACGACUCUCACGAUCGCCUGGAGACGCGAAAACCAAUGCUCCUGAGAACAGGCCCGCUUUGCCUGAGAGACCAAGAUCGAUGGUGGAACCCAAGGUCGCAGAGGGAGAUCUCAUUGACUUCACAGACGAUUUGGAUGCGAAAAAGGGCGCUCUGAAGCCUCCUAGUCACUUGGGUGACAUGCGCCAGCUUGACACAAACGGCAAACCGCACGCUCCCAAUAAACCCAACAAGCCCUCGAGUUUACGGAAUUUCUCUACCUCCCAAUUAAUGCCACCCACCAACCAUGAGAGAUCACUAGCGUCAUCAGACACCGAGACUCAGGAGGCCGUGAAGAAGAAGUCGCCUCCACCACCACCUCCUAAACCGCGGCGAAGUGGACGGACGACGGACGCCAAUGCUGGUCACUCCAAUAGUGAGCCGGUGCCACAGCCUCCUUCAAGAGCGCCGUUUUCCUCGCCUCGUCAGAAUCAAAGCCAGCCUCAAUUCCCCUCCGACCUCACAAGGCAAACUAGUUCGACGUCCAUCCCACCAUCCUUUACACCCACAGUCUCCCGCACGUCCACCACUGCUAGUAACUCUUCGCGAGCUGACGACGGCUAUGUGGCGGUAGCACGACGUCAAAUAUCCUCCGCAUAUAAUGCUCUCCCAGCAAUUCGCUCAUCCUCGCCUACCCGUAGCGCGACUGCUUCGUCCGAUCAAGCCGGCGUGUCGAACGACAGUCGCCAGAACCCGCCCCUGCCUGCACGAAGGGCGAUAUCAUCCUACCCAGCAGCGGCUGCACGAUGGGCGACGGGUUAUGGCUACCCCGGUUCUGAUCCUCUCGCAACCGCCAGCGAUGGGAGUUACAUUCCACCUCCUCCAGGCGCGAAUGCACCGUACGACAAGAAACUGGAGAUCUGGCGCAGGCGAUGGGCCAGGGCAGAAGAGAUCAUGCAUGCGCGAGGCGUGGUGUUGAAGAAGUGGAGGAUCGGCACGGAUGUCAUGGACGAGUGCGUUGCCUUGGUGAGCCGCGAGCUGGACCGGCAGGAGAGUCACGACCGAGAGAGGCACCACAGAUAG